GCUUGAUGGCAACUUAUUUGAUCUUGCAGGACUGAAAAUGCGGCAUCCAUCGGCCGAACCCCAUCCCUUUGCAGAAAGCAGGAAGACGGGCCUCACUAUCACCAGCAGUUCGCUUGCAUAAACGCCUACACCUUCCUCUUGACGUAUUUGCUCAUAGAUUGACAGUCACCGAGUCACUCAGAUCAUACAACUGUCAACUCAACGUCCAUUCCUAAUCAUUGUGUUGGGGCCGGUGUGGCCAGAUGGUAGCCUCCAACUGCCUCCAGCGGUUCGGCAUUAAUCAUGUUGUGCUCGAGAAGCAUGCUGAGGUUGCGCUGUCAAUGGGCAAUGGCAUCUCCAUGUAGCCACGUGGCCUACGGGUCCCCAUCAACUCAGCUAUCUCCCUCCGGUUCAAUGUGACGCAGUGCCAGUGAACCAUUUUUUUGGACCGGGGGCCGGAUGGCCGGGUGAUACAAGAUAAUCUACUGUACACCCAUGCUGAGAAGAAUCAUGGUAUUGGCUUCUUUCCCCUGGAAAGACGCAAUCUCCUGCAGAUUCUGUAUGACGGCCUGCCUGACAAAAUCAUUUGUCCAUACCAAAGCGAUCAUCAAGAAUGUCACGCAAUUCCCAGACCCGGUGGAGGUCUGCCUUGCAGACGGCACUGUUGAGACUGGUGACAUGGUCCUCAGUUGUGACGGGGUCCACAGCUUGAUGCGGAGCUUCAUGUGGGAUCAGCAGCAUCGACA